AUGAAUCUCGAGGAACCAGCGUUCGCGGAUAAUUACAUACAAGACUUCGUGCUGGAACAUCUGGAUGAUAGCAACGUUAAGCGGGAAGACAUUAGUCCUACUGCCGGAAAUGCCAAGAUCUGGGCGGCGGCAGCAGGAGAUGAAAAUGGGUUCAUUCCGAUACGGUUGAAAGCCAACGGUACGACAUGGCACGUGGAGGAACGCAAGGCUAGUUCGAUCACUCCCAAUUCGGACUUUUAUCCGCAUCCAACCCACGGUCAGCCUGUUUUGCUCAAUCCACCGAUUGCAGGCGUACCUUCUACGCCUCCAGAAACACCGCCAGUAGUUGGUUCGCCAAACCAUACCAACUCUGCUCCAUAUCCGUACUACUCCAAUCGCAUUCAACCAGAUCAAAUGGAGAACAUGAUGAUCGUACCGCAAACAAUGCGAAUGGAACAACCCUUGGAUCUCCGGCCAUCGCAUCAGUUCUCGAUAUCCGAAGGUGACUGGAUCGAACGUAAGGAAUACAUGCAAGCCCACGCAGGAUAUCCGCACCACCAUCAUUCGCAACUAGAUCACCUGAACCCGAUCCAUGGAUCUCACCACCACCUUCAUCUCCAUGGACAUUCAAAUCGACCGCAUUCCGUCAGUUCAACAGGGUCAACCUCUUCACCUAGAAAUGGUCCUGGCAGUUGUUACGCCCAUGGCAGCAGCGACGACCUUAUCAAUGACGAUCUGCUCAUGACCCUCUCCGUACGAGAACUCAAUAAGCGAUUGCACGGCUGUCCACGUGAUCAAGUGGUCCGUCUCAAGCAGAAACGACGCACACUGAAGAACCGAGGAUACGCACAAAACUGCCGCUCCAAACGACUCCAGCAGCGUCACGAUCUGGAAAUUACCAAUCGCCAGUUGCAAAGCGAAAUGCACCAUAUGAAAAUGGAACUAGCGCUGAUCAAGCAGGAGCGCGACGAACUCAAAAGUAAACUACGUGAUCAUGCGACAUUGGCCGCCGCAGCGGCAGCUCAUCAGCACUCGCAACAGCAAUCGCAGCCGCAACAGGUGCCGCAUCAACAUCCACCGCCCCGUCAAUCGAACGGGACAGCAGUACCUUCCAGCAAGCAGCUUCUCAGCGAUAGCACCAGCUCUCCCGAGUACUACGUAUGA